UUUGUCCGAUCGUUUUUCUAUUUUAAAUUAAUUUUUUAGUGGAAUUAAUUUUUUAAUUAGUAAUUACCAAUGCGCAUGCGCAAAAGUAAAACAGCUUUGAGACAGCCGCCAUAUUUGUUUAUAUCUUAUCAGUGGUUGUACUCCAAUAUCGGAGUAAUUAUUAUGGAGAUACCUCUACCCUCCACAGUAGUUAUACAUGUUUACAUAAGUAUAAUGUUAUCUAUCAGCAAUGAGAAGUGAAAGCAGCAAAUGGCCGACGACUGAACCAGAAGCAUUGAUUGCCGUUAUUAUAAAAAUGGCCUGUGUCGAGAGGGCGAUAACUAUCGGUAUCGAUGUUCAAAUCAGCAGUCUGGAGCUGAGCAGGAUGAAAUGACUGAUGCAGAUGACUCGGACAAUAAUACCAGCGAACAGGGAACCUCAUCAGUUCCUUGUCGUUUUUACAAAUGAGGAACCUCUAAGUUUGGCAAUCGCUGUUAUAUCCACACAGCCUCGACUAGUAAUCGCAGUGAUGAUCAAGAAUUAAAUUCUGGACAAAACUCUGGUCUAUCUGUCGUAGUAUCGUCACUUACUGACACAGGUCACUCAUCAUCGACGGCUUUUCCUCCAGUCGUCACUCCAGAUAAAUCAAAUAAGAACAAGUAUGAACCAAACGAAUGGGUCAAAGCACCAAAAUUUGUACCGACCACAUUGGCAGCCAUUAAUUGUGCUUUAAAUUACGACGACAUUGAUAAUGACAUCGAUAUGUUGUCAUUUAAAGCCAACAAACCAGAAUCGUAUGCUAGAACAGUCAACAAUUUAGGCCAGACAUUGAAUCCCGCAUCAGAACCUCUCUGUCCUUAUACAGAAUCAAGUAGAGUUUGCAAAAAACUUGAGUGUCCUUAUUUACAUGGAGAUAUUUGCGAGUUUUGCGGUAGUGCUGCUCUUUAUCUGUUCAAUAAAGAACGUCGACAGCAGCUUAUCGGCGCCUGCAUAAAAUAACAUGAGGCUGACAUGAAACUGUCGUUUGCUGUUCAACGGAGCCGCAGUAAAGCCUGUGGAGUUUGCUUCGAGGUUAUUAUGGAAAAGACCUCCUGUGAACAGAGAAGAUUUGGUAUAUUACCAAACUGUAAUCACUAUUUUUGUUUGAAUUGCAUUAGAAAAUAGCGUCAUGCUAAACAAUUUGAUAACCAAAUUAUACGGUCAUGUCCAAAAUGCUCGGACUUCGUUUGUCCCUGCAUAUAUUGGGUCGACACUAAUGAAGAAAAAGAAAAACUUAUCAUCAAGUAUAAAGGAGCACUGAGCCAGAAAGAUUGUAAGUACUUCAACAAGGGCCAAAGAAAAUGUCUCUUCGACAACAAAUGCUUUUAUCUUCAUGCCUUACCUGACGGAACUAAAACAGACGUCGGUCCUUCAGCACGUCAAGCUUCUCAUUCUAGCGGUGAAAUUGAUUUCCUUCAGCAAUUAAUAUUAUGGAAUUUUCUCGAAGAAAGAGACAAUCGCUGAAUCUAUAUAGAUGAUCAUGACGAAGUUGUCGUCGUGUACUCAGAUUCCGAAGAUUGCGUCUGGUAA